CACAUCCACAGACACAGUGAAGAGGAGCGACGUCAGGGUAUAUUUCACCUCCGAGGAUUGGUGUGAGAGCCGUAUCUAUUCCUCAUCAUGAUCGUGCGAGAGGCACUAAUAUGGAUCACGUUCAUUGGAAUCCUAUGCACAGCCCGAUGCGAUCAAACCGAAAGGGAUAGGUGGUCGCGUCAAAUAACUAAUAGCGAGUGGAUUCCACUGACGAAUCCGCGGAACAGUCAAAUACAGCAGCAGCAGCAGCAGCAAAGCGCGCCCGCAGCAGCUUCGGCCGUCGACAGUAGCCCUCAAGCGGCUGGUCAAGUGCCGGCGGUUGCUCUUCCACCGGCACUUCAACAGCAGUAUCAAGACCAGCUCUUGCAGCUUCAAAAGACACAGGAGAGCAUUCAACGCCUACUGCAGCUGCAACAGCAGCUCAAAGCUCAGCAGCAAAUUUUGCAGUCCCAAGCCUAUCAGCCAAAUGCCUUCGGCAGUUCGGAGGAAGAAAAACAGGCUCUCCAUCAGACUACCAUCGUGAACUUGCAAACGUUGCCGCAGCUAGCACCCGAAGUUCUUGUGCCUCCAGUGCCAUCCGGAGAAGCUCUGCCACCUGUGUUCCAGCCACAAGAUUUUCUUGCCACCGAUGCUGAUCUGAAACGUACUCGAGGCGGACAUCACGGUUCUCAACGAGAUUAUCGCCCGGAAUCGAUAACGAGGCCCACCAGUCGACCGCGCGACGAUUCAAAGGAUUACCGAAUCCAGCAGAAGACACGUUUCGAGAGCACUCACAAGCAUAAAGAAGAGCCUUCCCACGUAAACUUCGUGACCCCGCCUACGAGUUCGGCAGUCGACGAAGAGAUUCAAUUAGUUUAUGUGCCCGCUGAAACAUUGGCACAGCGCGGUAAACUGCAGAGAGCGCAGAAUCGCAAGCUCCCUAGCAAAUAUCAUCAGCAUCACUCUGAAAGUUCAUCUACUCCAUUAACACCUCACGAUGCUUAUGCCCGUGAAAUUUUGCAACAGUUGCAGCGCCAACACGAUGAGAAAAAUCAAUUUUUAACAGUUGAGCGAGAAAAAGAAAUAGCGAGAUUGCAUGCGGAGCAACUUGAGCUGGAAAAACAGGCACGAUUGCACCAGGAGACCGUGAGAAAAGAACAAGAAUUAAUGAGACAACGCGAGGCCGAAAAGAAGAGAAAAGAAUUGGAAAAAAUUGAGGAAGCAUCACGACAGAGAGAAUUGCAGAGAAUACGAGACAUUAGAGAAAGAGAGCGCAAAGAAGAACGUAGAUUAUCCGAACUCAAAAUUAAGCAAGAAGAGGAAAGGAGAAGAGAACUCGAGAGAUUUUCAAAUUAUCAAAAAGAUCAAGUGAACGAAGAAGUUGCUAACCAACAGUUAGCUGGCGUUCAAUCUCAAAAUUACGAGAUCGAGCAGCCUCAUGCUCAAGCAUUCGUACACAAUUCUCCAUUCCAUCAACAUUUGACGGAAGUAACUAGCAAGAAUGUAAAAAAUACCAAACCACGCAACAAACCGCGAAACAAGUUGAAUCAAUAUCAAGACGAUCAGCAGGAUUAUCGCCAGCCUACGGAAACGCAAACAUUACCUCCACCAAAUCAACCGCCGCUUUCUGUUUUCAUGGGAGAUUCCUUCUCUGACCAUAAUCGUAUUAGACUAACCGACGUAUUAAAGACCCUAAAGAGUGCAAGAACGAUUGCAGUAUUGGAUAAUUUUGGACCGGAAACUCCGCGAGUGUUCGUAGGUCCUAGACACUUGGAGCCUCCACCAGGUUAUGCCAAAUUCGAAUUGCCUUAUUUGUCGUCGAUCGAGAACAAUCGCGUGGAGAGAAAAGUUGACAAAUUGCCCUUCUUUGUGGCGCCUCUGAGCUUUGAACCACCGCCGGGUUACUCGAAAAUUCCUUUCCCUGCUCCACACAUCGGCUCGGUAGUAAUCAACACUUUGGAAAACGUCGAGGUCAAGUCGCACGUCAAUCAAAGUCCGAAUCUGAAUCCGUUGAUCGAGCCAAACGCUUACCAAGUCGUAAGUAACUCGCCAUCCCCAACCUACGACGUGAGUACGACAGCCUCGUACGCUCCUGAGCCCAUUACACCCAGGUAUGAGGUGUCAUCGUCGUUGCCCCCUAGUCAGUCAACUACCAAAUGGAGAUUCCAAGAAUUCUACGAGAAUAAGCCUUCGACGGAGAAAUUACAAACAGUGACGGCUACAACCUAUCAGGAUGAGAGAACAUCAACCAGUAAACUUGAGAGACCAACUAAAACUCGAAAUUAUUACAGUCAAAAUGAAGUGUCAACCACACCAAACUAUUACAGCCCAAAGACAAUAUCGGCAUUCUCUUACGAAUCAAUUCCGCAAUCUACUCCAGUUUACAACCAAGAACACAACGCUGAUACUCAUUUUGUCAAUCAGAAUGCCAACCAUCACCGACCUCAUUUUCCCGAUCCAGUACCAGCGAUUCAAAGGUAUCCAGUCGAUCCAACCGGGCACACGGUGACUAAUACUUACUUUCUGAACCAAUCACCAAAUUAUGAGGAGCAAACUCAAUACAAUCUGCCAGCUGAACUUCCAGCUAUUUCACCACAAUUGCCAGGCUUAGUUAAUGCACUUGUAGAAAAGACUGAACUAUCCAGUUCCAUUCAAACGCCAACAACUCCACCGACAACAACGACCACUACAACUACCACGACAGAAACUCCAACGACUACCUACAGACCGCGCACUCGACUCAGGGGUAGAGUGACUUCGAGUCGAGCAACGACGCUGUCGCCACCGACUAGAACAACUGCCGAUAGAACUAGGCGACCAAUCAAUAGAUCCAGAUCGAAGUAUACGACGACAACCGAGGAUUACCAUGAUUCAUCGUACGAUCCUACGAAGAGAACUCCUGUGACCAGUUCGAGAUACGACGACAAUGAUAUGCGCUCGUUAAGAAGACCCACAGUUCGUAAUCACAACUACAAGCCCAGAGAGGAAGAAACCAAAGAGUCUAUCCAAAGUCAGGUUGUCGAUUCAAACGAGCCGAGCGAGCAAGGUCAGCAAGAGCAUAGUACGGCCUAUGAGAACGUAUCACAAAUCGAUGCGGCCAGUUCUACUGCUUCCGCGGCCGCCGCAGCGGCGCCCCUCAAUAACCAGCGCAUCUCCGACUCCUUACUGCCACUUGCCGGACUCGAGUACUCGCGCAAAACCAACCUCGCCUCCAGCGAUGAAGCACCCAUUAAUGGAUUCGACUAUAGAACACACGAGAUCUCACCCUCGCCAUUGCACAACAAAGACUUCGGCGGAUAUCACAGACCCGGUAAAACCGAGAGUGUAGUCUUCCAGCCUAUCGCUGGCACCGACGGCCCCAAUGUGCAGAGAUCUCAUUUGCAAGAUUUCUCACCCGUCUAUCAUCCAGUGCCAAUCCAAGGCAACUUUGGCAAAGCCGACACUCCCAGGCCUGUAUAUAAUAACGACGAGGAGCAACCGGUUUUCUUGCCGAUACCUCAAGAUAAGCCGGACGAUUACGCCUACGUUACCGUACCCACAACGACAACAAUACCAACAACAACAAGUACAACAACAACGACAGAAGCUCCAGUGAUAAUCCGUCAACGAGUGCGCGGACGUCUUAGUGGUCGACCGAGUCAACAGGCCGACUCGGCCAUCCAGACACGACCACGUGGCUCACACGACGAAUAUGUGCGAUUUAGUGCGGUGAAUCAGGAUGCAAGUAACAAGCCAACAACGUCAAGACCACGAUCGAGGCAAAGGACGCGCACGCAACAUCAGCAGAAUUCUCCGAUACAGACUAACGGAGGUGAGUACGUGAGGUUCCAAGCAGCGGCACGUCGACCAACUACCACCACUGCAUCGCCACCGACCACAAAGCCAACCGAAGAACGACCCAGUGCCGACGAGGAGGACAGCUAUGGUUUCAUUAGGACGCCUAAUUACAAUGUUGUACAGCAGACUGAAACGACGCACUAUCAAAACGUCGAGACAAUCGAACCACCAUCGACAACCGAAACCAGUCAGUCGCAAGCUCAACUUUUGAAAAGCCGUCAAAAGUUGUAUUCUGCAACUCGACGUCCAUCAAGUUCUCGUAUAACGACGACACCACAUAGCGACGACGUAUAUACCGUUCGCUCAAGAGUUCGUGGUAGUCAGUCCGACGAGGCCAAGCCAAUCAAAGCACGUACCAGAUCACGUCGUCCUGGCUCUAGAAGACGCACCACCACUACUACUGAGAGUUCAGUCGAUGCCAAUAAUGAGCUUCCCAUUGAUGAAAAUUAUCCAAGACAAGAAAAUGCCAGAGGCGGACGACCGGACAUUAUGGACGAGAACUAUCCACAAGAAUUUGUGCUGAACUAUGGAGCAUCACAGUCUUACCAUCGAGAUGAAUACGAGCCAUCCCAAGUAGCUAACGAUGCGCCACGACGCCAGCAGCAUUCGUCAUCGCGCCGACCUUCCGGCGACAUUUAUGGCGCCGAAAGUCAAUGGUCUACCAAGCUGUCAGGCAAUUCUUUCCAGCCGAGCAGCUACACGCCAAACCAAGCAAACGACAAUUCAGACAAGUCUGUGGAGGCCGAGGCUGGUGACAAGGCCGGUGAUUUGCCGGAAAUCAUCACCGCAGGACCCGAUGUACCUUCCAUUACUGUCCUCGUCAGUUCCGACAGUGAUAAUAACGAGGACACCAGUACCGAGCAACAGCAACCCAGCUCCAGCGAGGAGUCCGCUGGCAAAAUGAUGCAAACGAUGAUUGACUUUGGCAAGAAAAUGAACGCCGACGAGGAGGCAGAUAAUGUGACAACCACACCUGCCGCACCUACUCAUAGUUCGACUGAGAAUUUACCCACUCAGGAGUUUAAUAAACCUAGUAGCGCUACUUUUAAGAAGGCUGGGUUGAGAAGAAGGCGAGUGAGAGUACGCGUAAGGCCAGCUGGUACCAGUUCAGAAGAUUUUGUCACUGCCGAGUCUCAAAGUUACGACUCAUCAUUGAACAAUCUACCACGAGAGCCACCCAAAUUCCGUAACUUUUACUUGACCACGGUACCGACAACAAGUGCAUCGGCCACCACCGCAACCACGACUACGACUAUGGAAACGCCGCAGACAGAAAAAUCCGCUUUCGAGGCUUUCCUUGACAAAAUGCUCGGUGACAACAAGGACAGGUUAACCACCUCUGAACCCGAAGUCAUCACCACUACUAUUGAUCCCGAUGACUCAUGGAUGAUUAUGCCAACUAUUACUCCAUCUGACGAAAUUCGCGAAGAGUCAACAACGACUGUAAGACAGACGGAAGAGGAUAAUACCGAAGUUCCGACCACACCUUCAUGGACAACCACGAUAGAAGCCCAGAAGUCGACGAGCGGCAACACGAUGAUGGCGACAAUGACAACUACGCCGAAAUUCGAAGAGAUCAAAAGCAAUAGUGGCGAGAACGUUAUCCAGUCGCUGAACCAAGAAAACUCGCUGAGGUAUUUCGUGACAAAGAGUCCAGCAUUCAACGAGUAUUUGCGCAGCCAAGAACAGGCAAAAGCCGUCGAAGGCAACGCCGAAUAUCCAAAGAAUCACAGAAGCAAGUGGAGCGAGGUACGCUAUCCUAGUGACAAGUCUCUUUUCGGUAAAUGGGUUCCCAAGAACCAAACUGAAGAGAAACAACAACAGCAACAACAGCAGCAGCAGACUGAAGAAAACGAUUCCAGUGUAACCGAUUACGUGAAGGCUAUCUUUGAAAGCAUCAAGAGUGCCGACGAAGAACAUCACCAGAAAGCCAAACUCACCGAGCAACAUAGUCCUAGUACCACUAAUAGCAGGCAGGACAAAGAACUUUUCAAAGCCGAAAGCACCUCUUUCAUUCCCACCGAAGUAAAAACUUCCGUGUCGUCGUCUAGCAGAGUAGUCUUCCAACCGCUCGCCAGUAAUGAUAACCUGACUACAAGCACGACUGAGUCUGCUACCUUCGGACCGUUCGUGCCGUCCAUGAUGUCCGAUAAGCAGAUUGGCCCUGUGAAGAAGAGCUCUUUCGAGACGAAUCUUGGCAAGAUUCUCAGGACGUCCACGACGACCAAAGUUUCCCAUAUGACCGAGAUCUGUUACCGCGGUCGUUGCGUUAUGUCUAAGCCCAAAAAGGACGGAGUCUCGAGAUGAGCCUCCGAGAUUUUUGCCGAAGUAAAAGUACAGCUGCCAGUCACUUACGUAACGAAUGAAUUAUUUGAGGAUUAAUGUCACGCUCAAACUCUGCUUUUUUAGCAGAUAUCGAACGAAUUCGCAUUUCACACGCCCACAUGAGCACUGUUACUAUUUAUUUAAUUUGAAAUUCGAUCAAUUUAUCGUACGCGCAUGUCCACAACGAUCAUUACAUGGAAAUCGAAACUACGUUGUAUAAGCUACGACCUAAUUUGUGGCAGCCGAGUGUGCCAAAAAAAGCAUUCAUUGGAAAUACACAAAGGCAAGCAAGAGAAAGAAGUGCAGUAUGAGUAGGAUACGGAUAGUACCUACAUGAGUUGCGUACUUCUCGUUUGAGUACGCCUAUGUUCAAUCGUUAUUUAUUCCGCUCGACAAAACGUUGGUCCUCCGACCCACGGUAAUAGAUCGCCUAGAGAGAAAGUACAUGUCUCUCAGUGAAAAUACCGUACGCCACAGGACCCCUAGUAGAGCUUUAAAGGGCAUCAACUGUCUCCGUUGCGAUUGAAAUGGAUUGGGAAAAGCUAUUACUGAGGAAUUAACGCAAUUUUAGUCUCCUUCAAUUAUACUUGUAUAGUCCUUAUUAAAGUCUAAGAUACUUUCUACUGAUUAAUUAUUAAGCGUAUUAUUUUAUUCAUUACUUAUGUAAUUCGUAACUUUAUCUUUUUACUCUCGAGGUUUUUCUUACUAAUUCUUUAAUUUUUUCCAUUUUACUCCAUUUACUGCUAUCUUAGUGGAAUUUUGUAUAAUAGCUUGUAAGCCAACGGUGUUGAAUGCAUUUUCUUUAAAAGGAGCUUCAUAGACAUCCAGACGUAGAAGAUCUGUCUUUCAUUGUACGAAGCGAAAGCUCAGUAAGCUUCUGUUUCCAAAAUAAAAAUAUGGUCAUACGAGUUUUUGUAUUUAAUAAACGCAUGCUCACACGAGCAAUCUGUAAGUAUAUACUUACCGAGAACAUUUA